CAACAGCUGUGAAAUGUGAAUGUAUUUUAGCCUGCUGAGCUCAAGUUACCAAGACGUAAUUUUCUAAAUCACCACUUCAGAAAAGAAAGAGUGACGGAAGAAGAUGGCAACGCUGUCUAAUGAUACAGCACUGAAUUCACUCCUCUCCAAAGUAUUACAAGAAUAUGUAGACCGGACAAAUAACUCUGCAUCUUCUCAGGCUGGAAAACCCAGUGACAAUCUGGAAAUCAUCUAUGUGCUCUUGUUGCUUGGUUUCUUUGGCUUUUUCACAUUUGGAAUAAUGCUUAGCAACAUCCGCUCCAAAAAGCUUGAGCACUCAAAUGACCCAUACAAUGUGUACAUUGAAACAGAUAUUUGGCAUAAGCUGGAUGAGGCAAAUUUUCAUGCAAAAAUUGUGGGAAGUUAUAAAUCGUGCUGUGUGUUUGAGAACCAGCUUGCUGUGGAGCAACCUAUUAAUCAGAUUCCUCAGGUGAAGUCUUCAUAGAGAAAUGGGAGAAAAGAUGGUCUGUUAACUUUACAGGUAUAGAGCCAGAUCUUCACCUGGUACAAAUGGAAGUAGCUCAUGGCCCAUCGGUGCAAAAUAAUUUUGCAUGUAGAACAAAAAAUCUCUUUCUGCAUAGCAUCUACCAUGAUGUGGUAGCACUGCAUUUCAUACACUCCUUGUUCCAUGAAAUUGGACAAUUGUGCUGCAAAGCUUUCAACCUUGAAUAUCAG